AUGUCUAUCUCCGAUCCCGACGGGCACGUUCUGUCACCCCUCGACCAUAGCAUCCCAAAGGUGUAUUUCACCUUCUACCUCUCUUUCAGCCUGCAGCAGCCAGAAAAGGGCUUGGGGUCACUUCGAAGCGGCAUUAGAAAGCUCACCGAGGUCAUUCCAUUUAUCACGUACGAUGUGGUGUCCUCCGAUAUCAAAUUUCCCGAGAACGUUCACUGCAUCCGACCUCCCUCUGGUUCAACUCAGUCCGUAUCUUUACUCCAAGUUAGAGACCAUUCUCAUGAAUUAGUAACAGUACUUGGGAGCAUCUCCACCUGCACGGGAGAUGAAGAAUUGGAAUUCUCCAAGAAGUACGCACCCCUGCCGACAGUUUUGGAUCUCACGCAACCCCAGCCUGCUAUAAGAUUUGCCGCCAACAUAAUGAAGGAUGGGAUUCUUCUGGGUGUCAGCUUCAACCAUCUGGUCUUUGACGGCACCGGGGUUGGUAACAUUCUCGGUGUUCUAAGCCAUUGCUGCAGUGGUGCACAGAGCACGACAGACCUACAUGAAGUCAACAUGAAAUUGCGUCAGCAAUUGUGCCUUGAAAAUGCAACCGGCAAAAGCGUAUGGAAAGACUUUUCCGCCAGUUACAGCGCGGAAAGCCCUUUAUCAUGUUUACCCCCUGCAAAGUGCCAUUCGGAAAUAGCACCGCCGUUCCUCGAAUCCUUCCGAUUCAACGUGCCGGACCGAACGAUCCGUCGGUUGAAAGGUGUUUGUACUGCCUUACUAUCCACCAACCACCAGCACGAGACAAAUGUGACCUCGCCGGACUACAUCUCAUGCCAUGAUGUGCUGACUUCCCUUCUUGCGGUGUGUCUGCGUCAGGAUCAAGUCACAGCACUACACGAGGGUGAAUACACAAUCUCCUUUGCGGCCAACCUCCGACCUCGCAUGAGGCCCCCCUGGCCCGACCUAUAUCUCGGGAACAUGGUCGCCAUGCUGCACGUGCCACAGUCGUCCCUGACAGAGAAAGUCAACAUCGACAAAGGGAUCAUCGCGGCACAUUAUCUCAACAUGCACAAUGAGGACUUGAUUCAAGUUGCCAACACAGCCGCCGCAGUCCGUCAGGAGAUCCGAACCCUGACGGACCCGCACAUUCGCAGCUUGAUCACUUAUUUGCGGCUGCAGCGCGACUGGGGAGCAAUGAACAUCAAAGGCGGCCACUUCUCCGUCACCAGUCUUCGGCAUUUGAAUGUUUAUAGCUUCAACUUCGGCAGAGAUUUGGGCACGGUAGCCGACUUUCGCCUACACGUGGAGCUGCUGGAUGGUUUCCUGUGUGUGGUUCUUCCCAAAGGGAAGCACAAAGCAUGGGACAUUCAGUGCAUGCUGCAAGAAGAACAGGUUCAAGCAGUCAAAAGCCAUCGUCUUUUUCGUUGGCUAAUGAGUGAAUGUGAUGGUCAUGUCAAGCAUGGUUACUGUGCCUCCCCAUUGCACGGAACCAUGGAUUGA